AUGACAGCCGGUCGAGACCCACCAAACCUUGGCUACAACUACCUGAAUUCCUUCGAUUCCUCGUCCAAUUUCAACUCAAUGCCCGACUUCUUCAACACCGUGACGCCUCAGGGCAUGUUCAACAUGGACUACUACUCCCAUCAAAUGGCCCAUCACAAUUUGAAUCCGCAGCCUGCGCCCGAAUCUCCGGAAACUAUUAAACCUUUCCGAGAGGAGAUCUCAACAUCGCCUGAGGCCAAUAAUUUCAUAACCAACAACUCGUCGCCGCUAGAGCCAUAUAUUGCGUCAACGGCGUCGGCACUGAAUUUUGGGGCCAACAACGGAAUGAUGGCGGGCGCCAUGAAUCCGAUGAAUCGAAUGAUCAAUUCGGGACUUCAUAAUAGCUUUUUUCCUACGGUAAGCUAAAGCAUUUAUAUAGUUUAUAUGUGAUUUUUUGACGAAUAUUUUUCUGCGCUGUGCAGUGAAAAAAUUUUUGAUUUUGCACAGUGCAAUCAAAAAAAAUUUCAAUUCUGCACAGUGCAAUGCAAAAUUUGCUUUAUUUUUUUGACUGCACGGUGCAAACACAAAACUUUUUUUUGUUUUGCACAGUGGAAUAAUAAUUUUUCAGAACACCUCCGACUGCUGUCCAACCACAUCAUUUGCCGUCCAUUCCUACCCGAAUGCACCCUACUAUCCAAUCUUCAACCAAUCCCGAUUAAAUCCAAUGGAUUUGAACUCAACAUUCUGCACAGAUUCGAGAUUAGGGAGAAAAAAGGACGAUAAAAACUACAAAACUGGAGCUGGGACCAACAGUAAGUCAAGAAAAUACAGUUUUGAAAGUUUCAAAAGUCUUUUUUAUAAUUUUUUUAUUUCGCACAGUGCAGAGGGAAAAUUUUUGAAAUUUUCAGAUUUUGCACGGUGCAACAAAAACAAAUUUUUGGGCUUUGUGUUCACUGCACUGUGCAGAAAAAAAGGCGACAAAAAUUUUGGGUUUUGCACAGUGCAAAGACAAAAUUUCUGCGCUUUUGUUGACUGCACUGUGCGUAAGGAAAAAUAAGUAGAUUUACAAUUUUUCGCGCUUUGCAAAAAAGUUGAAAUAAAAAAAAUUGUCGCUUCCAGGUUGUCACAGCAUGAUGAAUUUUUUUUUUCCGUUUUAAUUUCACUAAAUUUGCAUAUUUUCCGACAAACUCAAUUUUUUGCACAGUGCAGUUCAGUUUUCUCUCAAAAAAAUCGGUAAUAUCAAAUUUUCCUUCAGAUGUUCGAGUGCGGACUUGCGACAAGUAUCGGACGGUGUAUUCGGAGCAGAUUCGGCAUGUUCUGGAGAGCGAGUUCAAAAAGUCGGAGUACUUGAAUGCGGAUCGGAAAUGCGGAUUGGCCACACAAUUGGACAUGACGGAGCGACAAAUCAAAAUAUGGUUCCAGAAUCGGUCAGUAAAUUUUUUUGGGACCAUUUUGGACAUUUCCUGACAUUUUAAAAGUGUUUUUAAGCGAAUUUUGAUGAAAAAUUUUGAUAUGCAAAUUUUUGAAAAUUAUGCAAAUCAUGUGAAAUUUUUGCUGGGGGCACUUUUAAGCUUUUUAGCAAUGAUUUUUGACAGAAAAAUACAUUUUUCCUAAAUUCGCAUAAAUGAAAAUUUUUCAAAAUUUAUGCAAAUUUAGUCUAAAAAUUUUCUUAACAACGUCCUUGAGGCAACUAGUGAUCUCAAGCAUCAAAUUUCAUCCCUAAUCCCUUUUAUUUUCUCCCAAAACUACGGUAAAUUCGAAUAUUUUGACAUUAUUCUUGUUGAGGUGUCGUAAAUUCGACGGGAACACAGCGGUUUUUGGCUUUUUGAUUGGGUAAUCUGAUUAAUUUUAUUGUUAUUUAUGGUAUAGCCAAACUUUCGCCGCUCUCGAGGGUUGCGCAAUUCGAGUCGAAUCUUUGGGGUCAAAUGGUUCGGCGGCGUUUUUUGGGAUAAGAAAAGGCUGAUAACUAUGACAAAUUGGAUAAGUUGAGGUCGAGAGUUUAAUUUGGAAGCGUCAUAUGAUGUUUUAAAUUUGAUUAUAAUAGGAAUAAUCGAUUUUUGGUAAAAUUUUGGCGAUUUUUUUAAAGAAAAAACGGAAAAAAAUUUUAAAAAAAAUUGUUGUAGCUAGUAAUUUUUAAAAUACGGCCGGAAACGGUUUUUCUGUAAAAAAAACAAUAUAUUUCUCGAAAAAUCCCAAAAAAGAUGAAAUUUUGGCAAAGAAAUAAAAUGUUUUUUUUUUCUGAAUUUAAAAUUUUUUUUUUUCAAGAUGUUUUGUGCUUGUAAAAUACGUGAUCUAUAGAUACGUCGUUCAAAUAUCCAUAAAUUUUCGAAAAAAAUCUCAAAUUUCAAAAAAAAAUUUUUGAAAUUACAGUAACCCAUUUGCACUAAAAUUGUUGUGUAAUGUCCUUGUGACCUCAGCGAAUCCAGUAAUCAACCAGUAGCCGUGGAAAAAUCGGUCCGGAAACGUAAAACAAGUAAUUAAAGUUUAAUAGCCGUUUUUUGUAAUCGCCUCUCUCCCUCCCGUUUUGAGGUCGAUAAACCAACCAUUUCGGUUCUUUGUCGGCAAAAGUGGGCAAUUUAUAAAAAAUUUUAAUCGAUUUUUUCAAUCAGAAAUUACUAAUUUUUUCUGUUUGAGACUUUUUUUCAGAUAAUUAGCGGUGUGGAAAUUGGGUGAUACGAAGGGUUACGGUAGGCACGAGGAAGAAAGAAUAUCUUGUGGGCAAUUAGAGAUUUUUUUGAAAUGUAGUUUAGGUUACCGUAACUUUUAGCUUAGAAUUUUUUUUGUAAGAUACGGUAGUAAUAUAACAAGAAAUAUUUUUGGGCUGCUGUAAUUUUUAAUUUUUUUUGUUAUUUUUUCGUAAAAUACGAUAAAAAUUUAAAAAAGCUCAAAAAUUGUUUUCUAUUUUUUUGGAUUACUGUAACAAAAAAAACCUAUUUUUAAAAAAAAAAUCCCCCUAGAUUUGUGAAAUGCGAAAAUUCUAAUAUAAUUCAUAGUUUCCGUUGAAAGCACGGUUCUCUGCAAGAACAUUCAAUUAUGACCCCAUUUUUGCCGUAUUUCUUGCUUUUCCAACUUUUUCGCCGUUCGUUGAAGCGCCCAGCUGUUGAAUUUUCACAGCCUUUUCCAUUCGUUUUUGAGCAAAUGGCGCUGCGGCAGUUUUACCACACUCACAUUUGGCGAGGUCAAUUUUAAUUUUCUCGCCGGAAUUUGGAGGAGAUUAGAGGGGAAAUAAAGUUUGUCAACGCUACAGUAGGAUUGAAAAUAAAAAAGCUUUUUUUUGAAAAAAUUACAAAAAAAUAUAAAAAAAAAUUGCUGACUAAAUUGAAGUUUAACACAAAAAAGUGUUUUUUCAGAGCAAAAUUCGCAAAACCAAGCAAAAAAUUUUGUUCUUCUGCCUGCCUCUCCUGAUUUGCCACAAUUUCUCGGCCCAAAAAAUUUUAAGAAGAUCUGAGCAUUUUGCCUCAGGCAUUUUUCAAACAAAAAGUUACCAAAAAUUGAAAAAAUUCCUCAUUUUACAUUGACGAAUAUAUACAGUUUUGAACGUCCGAUCCAUGCCAGAUGCCUCCUAUCGUAAACCCAAGGCCUCCCAUCGAUGUGGCGCAUCAAAAGCGCCCUCAUUGUUUUUGGUGAGGGGCAUAUUUUGCCUCGUAAAAUAUGAUUUACAACCGGUCGAAUUGCCGGAAAUUAGACAAAAGAGAAAUUUGAAAAAAUAGGGAUCCGGGUCAAAUUACCGAUAGAAAUGUCGUUUACGAUAACGAAAAAUUUUGAAAAAUAGAAAAAAUGGUUUUAAAUUAAAUAUUUUCUAAAAAUGAAAAAAUAUUUUUUUAAAUUUUGCUUUAUUUUUAGCCGAGCAAAAGACCGAAAACGCGGAAAAAACAACAAGAUCCCAUCGCCGAACGAUGUAUAUUGA